CCUGCAUUUUCCUUCAGUACAGUUUUAGUAGUACGCGCUCCACUGAUAACAAACGUCUGCGUUGGACACGAGUAAAUGUAAACAAAAGUUUGAUUUUUUUGUGUAAGAUCUGGUGAUAGAUUAUUGCGAAACUGGCUGUAACUGAAACGAAGUGCGACGGUCCCUGUGGCUCGAUUGUAUAAAUAGACUUUUCGAAACCGAGACGGCUGUCCUCCUACUUAAAUAUGGUAGGUGGCAGUCCUGGAGCUACAGCUUUAGCUAUCAUACUGCUAUUGGCCACCUUUGCUAAUGCUGGACCAAUAAACCGUAAAUGGCAGAAGAGGAGUGUUGGAGAUUUCAAUUCUACCGAUAGUAUAUUUUCUCAAGGCGUGGGUGGCGAGUGCGUGACAGAGCAUGGCGUGUACCAUGGAGGGGAGAGCGUGCCGAGUCCGGGGCCAUGUGAGACGUGCACGUGUCGGCCGCCAACUGUCUUCUGCAGCAUGGUGCGAUGCCCCAUCAACCCCGGAUGCCGCACCAUACAGCGCUCCAACCAGUGCUGUCCUGACUAUAGAUGUGAAUGCGAACACGACGGCAAGACAUACAACAACGGAGAGAAGAUAGUGAUGCCGGAUCAGCCAUGCCAGGUGUGCUACUGCAAGGGAGGGGAGGUGAUGUGCACCUCCAUCACCUGCUACCAUAGGGACGACUGUCAGCCCACCUACAUUCCCGGCCAGUGCUGUCCCAAGUACGACCAUUGUCCGCCCCUCGACUCAAAUGACAAAAAGUCAUCAGACACGUCUGGCACAUCAGUGAAAACGUCACGCAGCUCAAACAGCGGUGGCUACAAGCGUGAAAUGCAGCCAUGGCUGCUCACACAGUCGGCCAACAAAGACCACACCAGCGAGCACACGCGCGCCUAUCAAGCAGCUACGCCCACUGACUCGCAAGCCACGCCCACCGACAUGCAGGCCACGCCCACCGACUCGCAGGCCACGCCCCAGCUGGCUGACAAGAGGCCCAACACCGUCAUUUUCACUGAGAUGACCGCCGAGGAGGUCAAGACUAAACUGAAGUCUGAUGCCGACGCUUAUGAGAGUGCUAGGAGUAAGGGGGAGGGGGGAAGUGGUGGGAAAGUGGGGGGAGUUGACGGUGAGGGGAAAGGGGAAAAUGAUGUGAAGGGGGGUGGAAAUGGUGGGAAGAAGGAUGAAAGCGAAGGAAGUGUAAAGGAAAAUGAUGGUGGAAAAGAAGGAAAUGUAAAUGAAAGUGAAACUAGAGGUGCUAAUGAAGAAAGUAAUAAAGAUGGGCUUGUUGAAAAUGUAGAUAAAGAGGGUGGAAAUGGAGAUGAAAAAAGUGAAAGUGUAGAUGGAAAUAGUAAAGAUGGAAGUGAUAAAAAUGUGAUGCUUGUAAAUGAGGAAAAUACUGAUAAAAAUGAGGAGAAUACAGGUACAAAAGUUAUGGAUGAAUUUAGAGAUAAUACAGAAUCCACUACUGAUGGUUAUGGUGAGACCACCUACAUCACCACAAAUGACCACAAAGAGUCGACAACCGAUUUUUCAACCUACAACCCUGAAAUCAGUGAUAAAACGAUUAUAGACGAGAGUACCAACCCCAUCGAUUUAGAGGACAACUUCAUUCUGAACGAUGCCUCCACACUGUACAACGUUGUGCCUCAGGAUAACACGGAGAGCACCCUGGGAUCUAGAGGCUUCACAACUGUGGGUGAGGAUGAGACAACUACUGGCUCACCUGAUUCGAUGGAGUUUAUCAGUACAGGAGUGACUGACAACCAGGAUAUGGGUCAGUUCAGGGACUAUGUGAGUGAUGGCUUGGAGGUGAAUGAGUUCUCGACUAGAGGGUUGGAGGAUGAGAUGUCUACUGAGGGUCCUACUACUGAGGUGGGGAUGGGUGAGGAGAAAAGUGGGGUGGCCACGACAACCCCCACAAUUGUCUACCCCACAAGUACCACCGAGAGUUCCCUGAAUACUUUGGAACCCACUGUAGGGGCACAUGUAGUUUCUGAGGAUGGCAAACAGGUUGUUGAAGAUGGACAUUUGGAAAAGGAAACUAGUGAGACUAAAUCACCCAACAAAGCUGAGAAUGUGGGAGAAGGAACAAAAUCAUCCACUGAGGAAACGUUGGAUAGAGAAGUGACAAGCUUUGUGACAGAAAUUUUUGGUGAAGAUGCUGAUGAAACUGACAGAGAGGAGAAGACUAAAAGAACACUUCUUCCAGAACGUUUGGACAGGAAAUACACAACUGCCAUCCAUCCGUCACAAGUGGCUCAUUACAUUGAUGAGAAGACAAAACUGGAUGAUUUCAGGCAACACAAUGAGAACAUGGAUAAAUCCAGGAAUAACGAGGUGACAGAAACCAAGUACGGUAUCAUCAAAUCUGUGUUUAUUUCCAACAAAGACAUGGAUUCUCUCACUGAGGAUGUGAAUGGUAAUUUGGAUGGAAUGGGUACUACCGGUUUGUCCACUCUGGAUAUUGAACAGAAUGAUGGGGAGAGAGUUAGCACAGAGAAAAUCAGUAGCAGUGAUGAAGUGGAAGCUGGGAAAGAUGUGGAAGUCAUCACAUCAGAUGUGGAAUCCAUGGAAGAUGACGGAACAAAACAGGGAACAAAGGAUAGUCUGAUAAAGAAGUGUGACCCCAAGAAGAAGCAGCCAAAAGCGAUAGGAUCAGGCUCAAAGAAGAAUGAGAUCGGUGUGGGGGAGAAAAAUAAGGUGAGGAAGGAUGUGGUGGAGGGGAAAGGGGCCGUUGGUGGUAAAGGAAUAGAAGGAGAGGAGAUGCAUAAAGAGGAAUUGAUGAAGGAGAAGGAGGUGAAGGUGGGGAAUAACAAUUCUAGUGAGGAUAGUUCUAGUUCUUCUAGUAGUAGUAGUUCUGAUGAUUCAAAACCUGAGAGUAAAUCUGAUUCAAGCGAUAGUUCGAGUAGCAGUUCUAGCUCAGAGUCUGAUGAUUCAAAAUCUAAGAGUAAAUCUAAGGAUAGUUCAAGUAGUAGCUCUAGCUCAGAGUCCGAUGACUCAAAGUCUAAAACCAAAUCUAAGGAUGAUUCAAGUGACAGUUCGAGUAGCAGCUCCAGUUCCAGCUCUGAGUCUGAUGAAUCCCAGUCAAAAACCAAAUCAAAGUCCGAUUCAAGUAGCAGCUCAAGCUCUGAUUCAGAUGAUUCAAAAUCAAAGGACGAAUCCAAAAAAGAUUCAAGUGACAGCUCCAGUAGCUCUAGCUCUGAGUCUGAUGAUUCGAAAUCAAAACAUAAAUCGAAGGAUGAUUCAAGUGAUAGCUCAAGUAGCAGUUCAAGCUCUAGCUCUGAGUCUGAUGAAUCAAAAUCCAAACAUAAAUCCAAGGAUGAUUCAAGUGAUAGUUCAAGUAGCAGCUCCAGUAGCUCCAGCUCAGAGUCUGAUGAUUCAAAAUCUAAGAGUAAGUCAAAGGAUGAUUCAAGUGACAGUUCAAGUAGCAGUUCAAGCUCUAGCUCUGAGUCUGAUGAUUCAAAAUCCAAACAUAAAUCGAAGGAUGAUUCAAGUAGUAGCUCAAGCUCUAGCUCUGAGUCUGAUGAUUCAAAAUCUAAACAUAAAUCUAAGGAUGAUUCAAGUGACAGUUCAAGUAGCAGCUCCAGUAGCUCUAGCUCUGAGUCUGAUGAUUCAAAAUCCAAACAUAAAUCCAAGGAUGAUUCAAGUGACAGUUCCAGUAGUAGCUCAAGCUCGAGCUCUAGCUCUGAAUCUGAUGAUUCAAAAUCCAAGGACAAAUCCAAGUCUGAUUCAAGCUCUAGUUCAAGUAGCUCAAGCUCCAGCUCUAGUUCUGAAUCUGAUGAAUCCAAGUCUAAAAUAAAAUCAAAGUCUGACUCAAGUGAUAGUUCCAGUAGUAGUUCAAGCUCUAGCUCAGAAUCGAAAUCUAAGAACAAAUCCAAGGAUGAUUCAAGUAGUAGCUCAAGCUCUAGCUCUGAGUCUGAUGAUUCAAAAUCUAAACAUAAAUCUAAGGAUGAUUCAAGUGACAGUUCAAGUAGCAGCUCCAGUAGCUCUAGCUCAGAGUCUGAUGAUUCAAAAUCCAAGAGUAAUUCAAAAGAUGAUUCAAGUGACAGUUCAAGUAGCAGCUCCAGUAGCUCAAGCUCUGAGUCUGAUGAUUCAAAAUCCAAGAGUAAGUCAAAGGAUGAUUCAAGUGACAGUUCAAGUAGCAGCUCCCGUAGCUCUAGCUCAGAGUCUGAUGAUUCAAAAUCCAAGAGUAAUUCAAAGGAUGAUUCAAGUGACAGUUCAAGUAGCAGCUCCAGUAGCUCUAGCUCAGAGUCUGAUUCAAAAUCCAAGAGUAAGUCAAAGGAUGAUUCAAGUGACAGUUCAAGUAGCAGUUCAAGCUCUAGCUCUGAGUCUGAUGAUUCAAAAUCCAAACAUAAAUCCAAGUCUGAUUCAAGUGACAGUUCCAGUAGUAGCUCAAGCUCGAGCUCUAGCUCUGAAUCUGAUGAUUCAAAAUCCAAGGACAAAUCCAAGUCUGAUUCAAGCUCUAGUUCAAGUAGCUCAAGCUCCAGCUCUAGUUCUGAAUCUGAUGAAUCCAAAUCCAAAAUAAAAUCAAAGACUGACUCAAGUGAUAGUUCCAGUAGUAGUUCAAGCUCUAGCUCAGAAUCGAAAUCUAAGAACAAAUCCAAGGAUGAUUCAAGUAGUAGUUCAAGUAGCAGUUCAGAAUCUGAAUCCAAAGGAAAAUCCAAGUCUGACUCAAGUGACAGCUCAAGCAGUAGCUCGAGUUCUGAAUCCAAAAACUCAAAAUCAAAAGACAAAUCCAAAUCAGAUUCAAGCAGCUCUUCAGAUUCAAGUGAAAGCUCAGAAUCGAAAGAAGAAUCAAAGAAAUCCAAGUCAGACUCAAGUGAGGAAAGUUCAAGCAGUUCAGAGUCUGACAGUUCCAAGUCUAAAAGUAAAUCCAAAUCAGACUCCAGUGACAGUUCCAGUAGUUCAAGUAGCAGCUCAGAGUCUGAUGAGUCUAAGGAAGGAAAAUCUGUGAGAAAGUCUAAAUCUGACUCCAGCUCAAGGAGCUCUAGCUCUAGCUCCAGCUCUAGCUCUGAGUCUGAAGAAUCCAAGUCUAAAACCAAAUCAAAGUCUGACUCAAGUGAUAGUUCAAGUAGCAGCUCUAGUUCUGAAUCUGAUAACUCUAAAUCUAAAGGGAAAUCAGAAUCAAGUUCAAGCAGUAGUAGUUCAGAGAGUAAUGAUAAAAAAUCAAAGGAAAAAUCUGAUUCAGACUCCAAGAGUCACUCCAAAUCAGGCUCUAGUAGCAGCUCGAGCUCUGAGUCACAUGAGUCCAAGAAGAAGUCAGACUCUGAUUCAAGUGAUAGCAGCUCAAGUUCCUCUUCUGAAUCCAAAGACUCCAAGUCACAACGGAAAUCGAAGUCAGACUCUAGUGAAAGUUCAAGCAGCAGUAGCUCAGAAUCCACUGAGCAGAAAUCUGGAGAUGAAUUGAAAUCAACUGGCAACAAAUCCAAGAAUGACUCAAGUUCCGACUCUAGUAGCUCCAGUAGUAGUAGUAGUUCUGAAUCAGACGAUAAGCCAAAUGAAAAAGAUGUGAAAACUAACGUUGAGAUUACAACUGAUAGCUCUAUUGUUGUAGAUUCAAAGCAUGAGGCACCUCAUACGGAGAAAGAUGGUUUAGUUGAUGAGGGGAAGGAAGGUGUUGUGGAUGGUGGCUCAAAAAAGGAUGAUCACAAUAUUGGAGAAACGAAUCAGAAAGGGAAAACAAAUAUUGGGAAAAGGAAACACAAGAUGACAUCUAAUUUGAUAAAAGAGAAGGAUGAUCUCAAGAACGGGCAGGAUCACAUGAAUGAGGAUGAUGUGAUUGUACUGGAUAUUACAAACAAUAAUAAGGAGACGGAUAAUAUGAAAACUGGUGAACCCACCACUUUUCACCUAGAUUUGUUCAAUUUGAACGAUGAUGAAGAUGAUGAGGAAGGAGAUUCAGGUAAAACGCGGAAAGGCUCCUCGAAACAAUCCCAACGACCCAUGAUCAAAGUUAUGGUGCAAAAUCGUAAGAACCUCAACAUAUCCAACUCUCAGAUAAUUUUGACACCAGCCGAUUUGAAGCUGUUAGCUGAGUACUUGAUCAACGAGAAGAUUAAACCCGCCGGUCAGAAUCAUGAAGAUGAUGAUAAGGAGGCGUCAAAAACUAACAGUAUUAUAACAAAGUCGUUGAUCAACAAUGGGGAUUUGACGAUGGUGUUGAAUAUCACGACUAUGAGUGAUGUGGGAGUGAGUAAGGAUGUCACAACUGAGGUGAACACUGUGACUGAGGGCUUUGAUCAGAAUGAGGUGGAGACUUUCAAGCCGUCAGAUCUGAUGAAGGAUGACAAGAAGUCGGAUAGAGUAGUUGUCGAUGAGGUGGAUUGUGGUGAUGGUACCUCAACUGCUUCAACAACUACUGUUGGUGGGGGAAAAGGAGAAACGAAGGAAGGUGUAACUGAAGACCCUUGUGAUGAAGAAGGAGAAGAAGCACACACUGAAACUGAAGUAGCGACAACUGAUCGGUCCCCUGAAAGCACAGAGCUCCCUGAUGUUCACACGACACUAUCAGACGACCAGAUUCUGAAAGGGUUGAUCGAUUUGAUGAGGAAAACAACGGAAUUAACGGACGAAGAAUCAACUACUAUCUACACGCAUAACGUGAACCCAGAAACGUCAACGGAAACCGUUGAAAAACGACCCGAAUCAACGACUAGACGAAAGUCGACGACGGACGCUACGAAAAACGAAAAUAAUGACGAAACUUCUUCGAGGAAAGUGAAGAUCACUGAUAACGAAGCUGGGAAGGAAUCGUAUACGGCGACGCUUGAUGAUAAGGAUUUGCAUUUGUUGAGGGAUUUCAUGAAGAAGCACUUGAAUAUCAAGUGAGGGGGUAGUUCUAGUCAAAAUUUGAGUUAGGGUCGUUAUUUUGCUGUUUUAUUGUCUUGGAGUUUGGGAAAAUUUCAUGAGUAUGUUCCUAGAUAUUGCUUAUUGUAGGACCAGUACUUGUUAUUUUAGAACCUUGACACUAAUAAUCCUCAAAAUUAUUUCAAUAUUGAUGAUCAUGAAAUGUGAGGCGUUUACUGUAGCUCAAAAUUGUCUCACAUUUAAAUCUGAUAAAUAGGACAGUUAUGAGAAAAGUAGUCUUGAUUGAAGUUAGAUACAGGAAUACACAUAUUAUGGAUGAUUUGUAUAUUAUAGAGAAAUAUUUAUAUUUGUAAGCUCGAUAAUAUUCCAAGUAUAAGAUCUGAAUUAUUUCUUUUUCGAAAAUAAGAUGAUUUCUAAGCAUCUUGAAUUUGUUACAAGCACAGAUAGAAUCAUUUAUUUUUGUGAUGUAACAUAUUAUUUAGAUCUAUUCUCUAAUAUUUCAUUAAAUUGAAUGUGAUUAACGCGAAAUUCAAUUUUAUUUUUAUUUGAAAAACAUACUUUUUUAUGAACCGACAACUAUAAUGAUAUAGGCUAAUCAAUUCCAGGCAGCAGCUACAUUAUGACUAUCAUUUUUUUAGAUUUGUCCUAAACAAAUCUUUUUAGAUUUGAGUGAAAUUUCAUUCAACUUUGUUUUUUUUCAAAAAACUUAUUCUAGUUUGAAUACGCGUUAAUAACCAAGUACUGUUUCUACAAUAAGCGUUUACAAUGGAGAGUUAUUUUUCAUUUUGGUAAUGAUGUAAAAUUUAAAAAUCUAAUUAUUUAAAGAGUGUGGGUAACGAAAUUGCGGAACCGUGAAGUUAGUUGUGAUAGAUUACAUUAAAAUGAUAAUAUUCCACUGAAAUUACCUCAUUGCAAAAUGAUAACAUAAUAUUAUUCUAAAUUAUUGACAAUAGGCUUUGAAAUAAAUUUCUAGAUUCUGUGACGUAUUCCAAAGAAGUUAUAAUUAUAAUUUUUUAUCCAAGAGCAAUAACUAAAAUAUCAAUUACAAUAAAUAACUGUUUUGAAUACUAGGUAACUUUUAAAUUCUGAAAAUAGUUUAGCUAUUGAUAGCUAUAUCAAUUAUAGUUCCAUUGUAAAAAAAUUGUAAGAUUUUGUUCAAUAUCAAGCAGAUAUUAAGCACUUUUGAAAGUUUCAGGCUAGAUACCCUAGUAUGUUCCUCAUUUAUUUAUUUUAGUAUAAAUAUUUGUUUUAACAACGCAAUCUAUAAUACUACAAUCAUAUUUUUUUCUAGUAAGUAUAAUUAAAAAAGAGCUCAAAUUAGUAUGUAUUCAACUACAAUACAGUAUUAUGAAAAUGCUUUAGCUUGGUAUCAUCAUUGCAUUAGAUAUUUUACAAAAUUUUCUGUCAUUCAAGACUCUUCAAUUUAAUAUUAUGAUUUUAAAAAAUUACGGUAACGUUCACUGACUUAAAUUCUAACCUUAUCUAUCUCAAGCUUUCAUGAACGCUGAUAGGAUAAUUUGAAUAUAUUAUAGCAUGUACCCUGAUGCAGAUUCUUAACUGUAUAUAGAUUGAUAAAAAAAUUGUAAAUUAUUUAUUUUAAUAUUUAUCUCUUCUCAAAUAAAUGUGUAUAAUGUAGAAGACGUAUGCAGAAUAGCUGUAUUGGUAGGUAAUACUAUAUUCUAUUGUAUCCACUGUGUAUUAUAAAUGACAGUAUUCUUUACUGUUUAUCGAUAAUUUAUUGAUAAUUAUCGUUUAAUGUAAAUAGUAUUAAAUUAUUGAAAUUUCGAUCAUAAUAAUUAAUUAUUUUAGUUUUAAUAAAGCAUUGACAACAAUAUUGCAAUUUUGGAAUACCUAUUCAAGAAAUUUUCCGUUCAAUAAAAUUCCUUGUUUAAAAAUUCAGAAUUUAGCUGUGUCCAUCCACUCAUUUCCAAAUAGGCAUAAAAACAAGAAAAUUAUUUUGAAAAUCAAUACGUUCCCAAUGAUUGGAAAUACAAUUAUUUAUUGUCUAGAAAUAGUAUUAAUCUAUUGUAAUAAAUAAUAUUGAAUAGUCUAAUCAAUAAAAAUUAAUGUUAUCUAUUUAAGUGAAUAUAUGGGUAUUAAAAUUUCAGUUCUCUUCAUUGAUUGAUAGACAGUAUUCUCUUUCAAGGUGAAAAGUGGAAAAAAUUAUUUAUUUUAAAUUUCUUGAAAUUAUAAAAUAUCUGAAUACUUAUUUAGUAUGGAACUCUUGACUUUCAUUACUCUGUGAUAAUAUUAUCAAUGUAGUAAUAAUUAUUAGAAUACAUAAGCCUGUAUUAUGAAUUCUGCAUAUUGCUUAAUCUUUAUUGAAAAAAAUCAUUAAGAUACCCUAGAAUGAGCUAUCAGUAAAUUCAAGGUUAGGCUACAUUGAAAAAUUUCAAAUUUUUCAACAGUUUUCAGUCUUAUUUUCGAAUUAGACUACUAUGAAUUCUUAUUAGAAAAAUUUCUUUCUCUAUGAGUAAAUAUAUAUUUUAUUCAAUACAGCUUUGAAAUGAAACUAUAUAAUUAUGUUAGUAGUGAUUCAACAAUAAAUGUUAUUCCUUUGCAAUUCUACAAUUUGAAGUAAAUAAUGUUCCAUUACAAAUAUUCUGAUUUCAUCUUAUUAGAAGUGUAACAAAUUAUGUACUAUAUGAGAUACAAGUAAUACAAAUGGAGCUGAUGUAUUCUGUAUAUUAUGUCAAACAAUAAAAACUAUGUUGGCGUUGUUAAUUUUUUCA